AUGGGGUUGGCAACAGAAGUCGCCGACCUGGGGUUCAAGCUCCUGAGGCGAGAAGACAGUGACGAAGAAGGCGAUGGCGCGAAGAAGGAAUUGUACGCAGCAUGGACAAUCUUCAUCGCCAUUUUACUGCUCAUCGCGGCCUUUUUUACGAGUUACAUGCUUCAAAUCAAGAAAGUGACUGCAAUCCAUGAAACAGUCAUUUCCAUUUUCGCAGGCAUGACGGUUGGAUUAAUCCUCAUGAUUACUUCGGGCGAUUCGAUACGAAGCUUGAUUAAUUUCGACUACCAAAUCUUCUUCAACCUGCUACUGCCGCCGAUUAUCCUGUCUUCCGGCUACGAGUUGCACCAAGCCAAUUUUUUCCGCAACAUUGGCACAAUUCUCACAUUUGCCUUUGCAGGAACGUUUUUGUCUGCCGUUGUUAUAGGGUUAAUUCUUUGGCUCUUUUCACUGCUCCCCGGAACUCUUAAAAUGACAUUUGUUGACGCAAUUUCUGUUGGUGCCACUUUGUCAGCUACUGAUCCCGUCACCAUUUUGGCUAUUUUCAACACCUACAAGGUCGACCCUAAGUUGUACACCAUCAUCUUCGGCGAGUCAAUCCUCAACGAUGCCAUUGCUAUUGUCAUUUUUGAGACAGCACAGAAAUAUAACAAGGGCGAGGCAACUAGCUAUGGAAUCCUCAGUUUCUUCGAAGGUGUGGGCAUCUUCUUGCUGGUUUUCUUCAGCAGUUUGAUGGUUGGCAUUGUUGUCGGCGUUGCCACCGCUUUGCUACUCAAGUUUACGUAUCUCAGGAGAUAUACCAAGAUUGAAAGCAGUCUCGUUUUCUUGAUUGCCUAUGCCACCUACUUUUUCUCCCAGGGUGUGCACUUGUCUGGUAUCGUAUCGUUGCUUUUCUGUGGUAUAACGUUGAAGCACUAUGCUUAUUUCAACAUGUCUCGCCGAACUCAACUCACGACCAAGUACAUCUUCCAAGUAAUCUCGCAACUAUCAGAAAAUUUCAUUUUCAUUUAUCUUGGACUGGCGCUGUUCACAGAUAGUGCGCUAUCAUUUCAGCCGCCUCUUAUUAUGGUCACGAUUCUGGCCGUUUGCGCUGCUCGAUGGGUCGCAGUUUUCCCUCUCUCCAAAGCCAUUAACUGGUUCAUUUGGUACCGUGCCAAACGACGUGGCAUUGAAGUUGGCGAGGAACUACCGUACAAUUACCAAGCAAUGCUCUUUUGGGCUGGCCUCCGUGGCGCAGUCGGUGUGGCUCUGGCUGAACUUCUCACUGGAGACAACGCCCUCGCCCUUCGAGCCACUGUGCUGGUCGUGGUCGUGCUCACCGUCAUCAUCUUUGGCGGCACCACUGCUCGUAUGCUGGAAAUCCUGGGUAUCCGGACUGGCGUUGUGGAAGAAAUCGACAGCGACGACGAGUUUGAUAUCGAGACACUAGCUGGCGGCCUCCAUGCCAAACGCUCAGGCGGCGGUAUUGGCUACACACCCCGGCGAAACGGUACAAUUGCUCUCAGCAACCUAGAAGAAGGGCGGUCCGCCAGCUACGUAUCGGGGCAUAGAUCACCGCACCUCCCAGGAAGUGGCCAAAAUACCCGAGGAAACAGCCUCAGUCGAAAGAACUCCACCCGCAACCAGGAAGACCUCGAAAGGACUGAUCUACUCGCCCGCAACGGCGACGACUCCGAUUUCGACACCGACAUUGACACGUCUGACCUGCCUCCUCCCGCUCGUCGCGCUCGCUUGAGCCCGCAGCCCUCUCCUCAGACAGACAGUGCCUUUAUGAGCCCAACUGGCGAGCCGUCACAACCGGCUCCCAUGACUGCUACCGGAGCCAUUCGUCAACUUUGGAGUGCAGAAGAUCCAGCAGGUCUGUUCAGGCAACUAGAUGAGGACUUUAUCAAGCCGAAGCUCUUACUCCAAGGGGAUAACAACAAGGGUGGCCAUGGUGGCUCUGGUCCAUCGACCUAG